UCAUCUGUCUUCUGCAUUUCAUCUCCGGCAAGGCAACCAAAAUUGUAUACAUCUCUACAUAGAGAGGUAGAAUUCAGUAUCCGUGUUAUUUAGACAUUUAGUUAUCAUAUCUUUAGAUUCCCAUAGCUAAUAAUUGUGUUCAGUUCUGAUAAUAAAAGUUAACCCUUGCAAGUAGUUCAAGUUAAUGUUAAAUAGAAAUGUUGUUAUUUUCUACGUGUGCCCUAUUAGCAAUUCUCCAUUUAGGUAAUGCUCAAUCCUUGACGAGCGGUAUUCAUCGUACUCAAGCUGCUACAGAGCGAGUAAAUGAUUUAUGGUGUUAUCAAUGUGAUACAAUGGACGAUGGAGAAGCUUGCUCUGAUUUAUUAGCCAAGAAUACAUCAACAUCGUUGAUUAAGAAAUGCAAAGCUGAUGAAUUUGUUUGCAUGGUAAAACGCUUUUCCUAUACAACCAGCACAGAAAAUAUGACCAGUAACCCCAAAAUGUGGUCACUAGACCGUCGCUGUUCGGUCAAUUGCGAAGCAGGCUGUAUAAUCAUUGGGGAAAGGACGAAGCUUUACGCCUGUACUUCCUGCUGUGAAAGAGCCCUUUGCAACAUUGGACGUGGCAGUGGCUCAACGAUACUUGACAUCUCCUUUAGACAUUUUAUAUUCCUGGUUCUCCUAUUGAGCGGAACAUAUCACCUAAAUUAAGAAAGACUCUCUUGAAUCUUAUUAGUCUCCAACAUUGCCAAAGUAAAAAAAACUCAGUUUUUAAGUUUUAUUUUUUUGUUAAAAUUUAUUUGCAACAAUUUUUUGAUGAACCAAUAAAUUAAUUUUAGUAAAAUGUGAAUAACUUAGUAAAAUGUGAAUAACUUAGUAAAAAGAUAAAAAAAAAAAAAAACUUUCAGAAUUGCCGACACCAA